GGUAUGUAUCACACGCGUCUUGCCGCGCCUUAACAGCGCCACGUCGUGUUUCUAAACCUUCUCUUCGUAUACUGCGUUGCUUCUCUCGUAUACCAUUUCUGCCACACAUCCUGUUUCUGGCCAGCAUCACUCGAGCAUCAGGCUACUUAACGGCCGCAUAUACCAUCUCCAUCAUCACUAACCGUCCAGCAGCAGCAGAGCAACGCUCAACCCGCCGAACAAUCACAACAGUACAACUGGUGCAAGUGCUACUUCGAAGCCGCCCCAGGCACACAAAACCAUUACUGGAUGCACUUCAUCACCCGCGAGACCAAGUAUGAAGAGCCGACAGAACCGUACUGGAUCUGGGAUGCCAUGACCAACAACGUCCACGAGUCCGGCCUGCAACAGCCUACCAAGCCCGCGCACCCAGCAGCGCCCGGUACGAGUGACACAAGCCAGCCCACGUCCCCGCCCGCAGACUACCAAGGCUACAACCCGAAGAUCCACGGCAGCUACGACCCUAACGCGCCCUAUGCGCAAUACCACAAGCAGAAGCGUGCGGAAGAAGAAGCACUCUCCAACCCCGUCUCCGGCAUUGUGCCAGCCGCUUCCACGGGCGAGUAUGCCGCAGUAGGCGCCUUCAAUCGCUUUUCGGGCCGCUUUCAGACCGACGAGCAGUCCACGGAGCGUCACAACGACUUCAACAAGAGCGGGCGCCAGAUGAACUCUUUCUUCGACGUCGAUGCGGCGGCGAACUCGCAUGAGGGGAAGAGCCUCAAGGAGGAGAGGCGGCAGCAGCGGUUGACCAAGAAGGAGGUUGCGGAGCUGAAGCAGAAGCGGCGCGAGAAGAAGGAGAAGAAGAGGAUGGAUUUCUACAAGUCCUGAAUCGAUGGUUGGAUGCGGUUUCUCAAACGGCAUGGCGACGGCGACGGGCGUUUAUUGCUCCGGUGGGUAGAUAUGAGCCUGCUUGCGCUCUGGGAUUGCGCACAGCGAUAGCGGUUGACAAGCCUGGAAAUUGUUACCUAACUGCAAUGAAUGCAAUGUUCUCAUG